CCCUUAAUUACCCCUAAUCAGCUUUCCCAUCUUCCUUCCUUCUUUCCCCCAAAACCCGCAGCUUUACCUAAACCCUAAAUCCUUCAAUUAAUUCGUUCCUGCUGCUCAAACUUCACCAUCUUCAACGAUCUGUUCCUGUGGUGCUGUGCUACUCGAUCUUCUCCAUCUUUAAUCAGUCUUCACUUCAGAAUGGAGUCUCAAAUUAAGCAUGCUGUCGUUAUCAAGUGUGUUGGCCGCACUGGAUCAAGGGGUCAAGUGACUCAAGUUAGAGUCAAAUUCUUGGACGAUCAGAACCGUUUCAUCAUGAGGAACGUCAAGGGACCUGUCAGAGAGGGUGAUAUUCUUACCCUUCUCGAAUCUGAGAGAGAAGCAAGGAGGCUUCGUUGAGUGACAUUAUGCUGUUGUAGCUUGGAAUUUUUGUGUUAGUUUUGGAUUUCAUGGUUAUCAGUUAUGUUUUGCAAACUUCAGACUUUGUUAAAUGAAUGAAUGUCGGCAUUGCAUUGUGGUAUACAACAUAUGGUUCGGUUGUAGACAGCUUUGCUAAUAUUAUGUCUUGUGAUUGCCUAA